AUGAUUAGAGACUCUCACCAAUUAUGUGUGAUUUUUUCUAAUGCGUUUUCCGAGUUCCAAACCACUAUUUUGAAUGAGGUCAACCGACUUAGAGCUUUUCACGGCAGCCCGCCAAUGGUUCUGGAUGAAAAGCUGUCACAAGGUUGUCAAGAAUAUGCUGAAAGUCUACGGGCAUCCGUCAAGCCAGGUGAAUGGUUUAGUCACAGCGCAGGAGCCGGGGCGGACUACGGCGAGACAAUGACGGGUCCCAACAACUGGGCGUGGAUUAGAUCUGUCAACUUCGGGCAGUGGUUGGUUGACGAGAUGUACGGCGAAAUUAAAAACUAUGACUGGGCCAAGCCUGACUUCCAGGUGGGCCCGAAUGGCCAGGUUGUCGGCCACUUUGCCACGCUUGUUUGGAAGAGCUCGACGAAUUUGGGGGUUGGCGUGGCUGACCCGACAGGGCACGAGACCAAUGGGGCCGUCGUGAUUAGAACGACACCUGCUGGCUUUUAUGAUCACUUAGUGGCGGAAAAUGUGCCCCAAUUGUUACCACCAUAUACUAAGGAUUCUUACAAGAAUACCGUUAUAAGGAAAUUUAAAAAGUUCUAACUUAAGAAUUUGUAUGACGCCUAUUAUACAUUAUAUUAUUUAUUAUGAUCGCUACGUAAGCGUGAUAAAUACAAAUACUUGUGUUUACUGGACUCUGAUUAUGAAUCUAAGAUAAUAAAAAUUUUAGUGAUUACUGUUACUAUGUAUAGGUAGUCGAUAGCAUUCCUAAAACCGUGCU